AAACAUUCCCACUUUCAGUUGAGAAAAGCAUGCUUUCUUGUUUGUUUCCAGUUCCAUUUUGAUUUUUGUGCGACUUGGUUAUUUUUUGAAGUGUCUUUUAAUUUGUUUAUAACUUUAAAAAUUUAACUUAAUUUAAUUUAAAAUGACAUUCGGAGAACGCGGCGGUGGUCGUGGAGGCUUUGGAGGAGGCCGAGGUGGGGGCCGAGGUUUUGGCGGUGACCGAGGUGGAGACCGAGGUGGUCGUGGAGGCUUUGGUGGUGGCCGAGGUGGGGGUCGAGGUUUUGGUAAACGUGGUUUUGGUGACCGAGAUGGUGACCGUGGAGGCGGCCGCGGUGGAGGUCGUGGAGGAGGCCGAGGCUUUGGAGAUCGAAGCUUCGGAGACCGAGGUGGAGGCCGAGGUCGUGGUGGCGGAUUUAAAAGUCCACGUGGUGGUGGACGAGGUGGCGGCGGCCGUGGUGGCGGCGGCGGUGGAGGAUUCAAAGGAGGCAAAAAAGUUUUUAUUGAACCUCAUGCACGUAUUGCUGGAGUAUUUGUUGCUCGAGGUAAAGAAGAUGCCUUGGUUACAAAAAACUUAGUUCCAGGAAACGCGGUUUAUGGUGAAAAAAGAAUUUCAGCUGAAGAGGCUGGCGGUAAAGUUGAAUACAGAAUUUGGAAUCCAUUCAGAUCAAAAUUGGGAGCUGCCAUUUUAGGUGGUGUUGCAGAUAUUUUCAUGCCUCCAGGUUCAAAAGUUUUAUACCUCGGAGCUGCUUCCGGAACCACUGUCUCACAUGUGUCAGAUAUUCUCGGUCCAGAAGGUAAAUGUUAUGCUGUUGAAUUUUCACAUAGAUCAGGUCGUGAUUUGUUAACUGUUGCCCAAAAAAGAGGAAAUAUUGUGCCCAUAAUUGAGGAUGCUCGCCACCCCCAAAAAUAUCGUAUGGUCAUGUCAAUGUGUGACUGUAUAUUUUCUGACGUUGCCCAACCAGAUCAGGCCAGAAUCGUGGCUUUAAAUGCCCAUAACUACCUCAAACCUGGAGGAUAUGUUGUUAUAUCAAUUAAGGCAAAUUGUAUUGAUUCGACCGCGCCAGCAGAAGCUGUUUUUGCUGACACUGUGAAACAAUUACAAGCUGAAAAUAUCAAACCUGUGGAACAGGUAACUUUAGAGCCGUAUGAAAAAGACCAUGCUGUUGUAGUUGGCAUAUAUAGACCGCAGAAUUGAUUUUUUGUACUCAUCCUCUACUUUUUCUUGACCGCAUUUCAACAAAUAAAAAUCAUUUACCAUAAAUUUGUAUCAUCAUACUUGUAAAAAACAUGGCAUCAUGCAAAUUCUUGAAAUGAAAAAAUGCCAAUGAAAAAGAAGAGCAAGAAAGAGGAGAGAAAAAGACUAGAAAAGAAGAAGAAAGAAAUGGAUCCUGAAACAUGCAAUAUUUUGACUUGAUGAAUACGUGCUUCAUACUGGCUAUUUUUGAUGAUUAAUUUGAAAAAAAAUUCCUAUUCAUUCACUCAUAUUUUAUUUUGAGAACUUGUGUAUUUAUUAUUUUUGACUACAAAAAAAUAAAGUACAUUAAUUAA